GCGUCGGUAGCGGUCGGCUCUGGCGCGGCGUCUCAUCCACCCCCUCGUGAGCCUGGGGAACCUGCAGCUCAAAGCCGCCGCCAGCCACACCACCAUGUACCCCGGCAACAAGCGGAAAAAGCUCUGGCGGGAGGAGAAAGAGCGUUUGCUGAAGAUGACCCUGGAAGAAAGACGCAAAGAGUACUUAAGGGAUUAUGUUGCAUUGAAAAAUAUUCCAACUUGGAUGGAAGACUUAAAAAGUAAGAGCGAAAGUGAUGGUGAAAAUACUAAAGAAGAUCUGCAGGGGAAGAAAAGUCUGAGCGAGAAAGUUUCUCUCUAUAGAGGUGACAUUACUCUGCUUGAGGUUGAUGCCAUCGUUAAUGCUGCUAAUUCCAGCCUUCUUGGAGGUGGAGGAGUGGAUGGCUGCAUACACAGAGCUGCUGGGCCCUGCUUAGUUGCUGAAUGUCGCAACCUGAGUGGCUGUGAGACUGGACAAGCAAAAAUUACGUGUGGAUAUGACCUACCUGCAAAAUAUGUGAUCCAUACUGUUGGGCCGAUCGCAAGAGGCCAUCUCACCGACACUCAUAAGGAAAACUUGGCAAAUUGCUAUAAAUCCUCUCUGAAACUGGCAAAAGAAAACAACAUCAGAUCGAUUGCAUUUCCCUGUAUUUCAACAGGAAUUUAUGGUUUUCCAAAUGAGCCUGCUGCUGUCAUUGCCCUUAACACUAUUAAGGAAUGGUUAAGCAAGAAUCACAAUGAGGUGGAUCGUAUCAUCUUCUGCGUCUUUUUGGAGGUUGACUACAAAAUUUUCAAGAAGAAAAUGGGCGAGUUUUUCCCUCUAGAUGAUGCUAAUGAAGAAGGGACUGAGCUGAGUGAAGAGACAGGAUUGGAACAAAAAGGCCAGCCUCCAUCUCCCACAAAGAGCAAAGCAGAGCAGCCUGAGGACCUGCAAGAUGAUGCUGAAGGUGGUAACGGCACAGAAGAGAAGCAAAACACCGAAGAAACCGAGGCCCAGAGCCGAGAAGCAGAUGAGGUGAAACAUUCAGCUGUAGCCAGCCCAUCAUCAUCAGAAGAAAGAGAGCUGAGUGAGGAUAAAGACUCCCUGAAAGACUCCAAAGGCGCACGGGAGAGUGACCCAGUGCAUCCUGUGGGAUGUGAACAAGAUCAAGCCGAAGGACAACAGGAUGUUUCUGCAGAGGAGGAGAUGAAAACUGGGGCAGAUUCCCAAAGCUCCUGCAUGGAAAUAGAAGAGCCAUUGUUGAACCAAGAAGACACAACAGAAGUUGAGAUACCUUUGAUUCACGGUGCAGAGGAAAAAGAAGGAGAGAAAGAAGAAGGAGGAGGUGAGCAAUCGGAGGAGGGAGGGAUGCAAGGGAAAGAGGAAACUUCUGCAGAGCCUAUGAAAGUUGACCUUGCAUGUGAAGCAGCAGGCGUUUCAAAUAAGGAUGCUGAAAUGAAUAGUCAAGUUGAAAGCGUAAAUGAUCCUACGGAAACAGAGCGGGAAGCUUAAGUAACAGGAAGGAUGCAGGAGAGACGAGACCCGAGGAAACCCGACGGGCAGGGGCUGACAUUCUACAGCAUCAUUCUUGGCAGAAAAGAGCACGCA